AUCGCAUGGGUUGAUAGCAACGGCCUUCACCUGCACCAGUAUUUCAUCGGGUCGGACGUUCGGGAGCGGAGCAUUGUCGUCGAUGAUGAGGCGGUGAUCAUUGCCCUCGACCACAGCGAUACGCGUGGUCGGCAAUGUCACAGCUCUUGAAAUCUGCAUACUGGAAGACGUUCGUGGAAGAAAAGCGAUGUUCGGUUCUCUUUGGUAACUGGGGACCCUCCCUCCUCCCUCAAGUCUCCAACACCGUUUUAUACAUCCAAACGACACCGCCAUGUUUCCUCCACCAAGUCCGAUGGUUUCGGAGACUCGUUGGUGUCCUUUUUAGUUUGGCCGAUACCGAACGCAUAAAAUGUCAUGACUCCAUAUCAACACCAUAUAGCUAGGUAGCUUAUUCUCGUGCUUCUGCAGUCUUCCCUCAAGCACGCAUAAUCUCUACUCAGCGUUACAAUGUUGAUGCGUCUCGUACCUUUCCUGGGUCUGCUGGGCAGCACCCUCGCUAGCAACAGCGCCUGGCCGCAAUCAUGGCCACCUCACUGGCGUGCGGCGAAUAGCGAUCUCUUUCCUGGCGACCAAGUCCCUUUGACGACCGAGGAAGGUGACGCCAGCGCCGGAUGUCGGAUAAGCAACCUCACAGCUUUCGAGAUGGUCAAGGGUAGGAAGAUCGUGGACUUCGGAACUAAGGCUAUGGGUAGCCUUGAGGAGCCGAAGAUUAAAACACUGAACUCUUCCGGCGGCGAGCAGUGGGAAUUUGACGGAGUUUCCGAGGAUGGCAUGUCUUCCUUCGUCUUUGGCUUCUACCGUGAUGCGAACUACGCUAUUCUGGGCAGUGGAAACUUCCGCCUCUCGAUCGAGUUCGCGUUUGCGGACCGUACGCGCUUUUACGAGGUAUACUACCCGGAGCGAUCUGUUGUCGAGACGUGCCCACAAGGAACUCGCGGUCUCUGGAUCGACGAGAAGGAUGGCUACAAGUUCUCUUUCUACGUCAAUACCGACAUGACUGAAGCUAUCAUUACUCUCGGCUCGGACACUGUCAAAGGCAGGGUUGCCAUCCAAUCAAAGGCGAAGCCCCUAACUGCAGAUGGCAACGUCUGGCCUUCCGAGAACGCAACUACGGCACCGAUCCCCUACUACCACUGGUCGCAACCCAUUCCCGCCGGAACAGUGGACACGGAUGUCGAGAUCAAGGGCAAGCGUGUGCAGUGGACCGGUAUGGGAGGACACGAGCGGUUCUGGUCCGCUUUCAGCUGGUUCACUUGCAUGAGUAAGCUACAAGCCGUGAGAUCCAUGUUGGGUCCAUACGUGCUUAGCUACUUCAGCUUUACUUCCAACCUCGAACCUGACUUGACGCACCAGUCUGUUGUCCUCUUCGAGAAUGGCGCUCCCAUCUUCCGAAGCACUGUCGGAACUGCUUCCGAAACGGAAGACUACGCUAUCGCUACCAAGACUUACGGUGGUGCCGUCACAGGUACUCUCAAAGACAAAGUUACCGGCUUCCAACUGGAGCUUGUGUCCCCUACCAAGAUGCGCCACUACACUUUCUUCGUGGAGCAUCUCAACCUUGGCUUUGAGUACAUUCUCGGAGAGGGUGUUGGAGGCAGCGGUUUCUCUGCUCAAUCGAGGGGCGGUCACGUUGGGCUGAGCCAGUACGAGGGCAUCGCGCUUACCGAGGCUCUGACUUUUCCCAAGAAGUCACCCCUUUUCAAGAGCAACUAUGUAUAAACUGGACUGAGAUUCACCUCAGCGAGUCUCCUGGAGAGAAGAGGUUGAAGAUAGAGUAACGCUACUGGAUUCAUGAAAGUCCAUGACCUUGUUUUACAUCACUAGAGUAGAUAAAAAGAUACCAUUUCCUGAAUCUCAACUUGCUGCAGAGUCUCUCUAAAAGAGAGCAUCAUGCGCAAAUGAAAUACCCAAGUUAAAGUGCAUAACCUUCACGCCAAACGGCGAUUAUGAUCUUAGACGUAUGACC